ACAUCAUAAACAUAUGAUGGAAAACAUCUCAUUUUAGUGUGUUGAAUUAUAGUUAAAUUUAUUUUUCCAAAAUUUUGUCUAAAUUUUUGUUUAUGAAAAUCGAAUAAUGCAAACAUAACUCACACAAGAUACCGUUAGAAAUGUGGCUUCUACUUUUUAUAUUGCUGAGAAUCAGUUCAUCCAUCGCUCAAGAUGAGAAACAGUCUGGAGGAAGAGAUGCAAAAUCGGGAGAAUUUCCUUAUGCACUAAUCAUGGUUGGCAAAAUACAAUGUGGAGGAGUAUUACUAAGUGCUAGUAAAGUAGUCAGUGCUGGACACUGUUUUGAUAAUGGUUUCCAAAAGGACUGGUCCGUUAUCGUUGGUGGCACAUUGAAUUAUAAAGAUGGGGCAGGAAAGCAAGAGAGGAGCAUUGAAUCAUUCCAAAUACAUGAGAAAUACAAAAAAAAAACACAUGUACAGGGAUACUUUAAUGACAUAGCUAUUGUAAAACUGACUAAACCAUUUGAUAUUUCUGAUUCUCUGAAUGUAGCAACAUUACCAGCCACAACAAAAAAAGACUUCUUAACAAUGUGGGGAGCAAUUGUAGCUGGAAAAAAAACCUGCUAUGGAUUAGGAUGGGGGAAAGGCAGUGCUGAUGCAACAAAGUUUGAUCGACUGAAAGUUAUUGAAUUGAAGCCAUGGGUGGAUUCAGAUUGUUCUAUGAUUUUUCCUGAUCCAAACGAUGAUAUGUCUGGCAAAGGGGAAGCCUGUUCCACAUCUCCAACUGAAGAAGACAGUUUUUACCCCUCCGAUUCUGGUAAUGCAUUCAUUUGUGAAGGAAAACUCUAUGGUAUAAUGAUGAAUCAAGAAAAAAAAUUAGGCAAGGUAGCACAGAAAACUGUACUCUUGUUUCCAUAUCUUGAUUUCGUUAAUGAUGCUACAACAUUACAUUUAUCUGCACCCUACAUAAUUUUAUUUUUAAUUAGCAGUCGACUACUUGCUUGCAAACAUAACUCACACAAGAUACCGUUAGAAAUGUGGCUUCUACUAUUUAUCUUGUUGAGAAUCAGUUCAUCCAUCGCUCAAGAUGAGAAACAGGCUGGAGGAAGAGAUGCAAAAUCAGGAGAAUUUCCUUAUGCACUAAUCAUGGUUGGCAGAAUACAAUGUGGAGGUGUAUUAAUAAGUGCUAGUAAAGUAAUCAGUGCUGCACACUGUUUUGAUAAUGGCUUCCAAAAGGACUGGUCCGUUUUCAUUGGUGGCACAUUGAAUUUUAUAAAAGGAACAGGAAAGCAAGAGAGGAGCAUUGAAUCAUUCAAAUUACAUGAGAACUACAAAAAAAAACGUAUAGAAGGAUACUUUAAUGAUAUAGCUGUUAUAAAACUGACUAAACCAUUUGAUAUUUCUGAUUCACUGAAUAUAGCAACAUUACCAGCCAAAACAAAAAAAGACUUCUUAACAAUGUGGGGAGCAAUUGUAGCUGGAAAAAAAACCUGUAUUGGAAUAGGAUGGGGGAAAAGCAGUGCUGAUGUAUCAAAGCUCGAUCAACUGAAAGUUAUUGAAUUGAAGCCAUGGGUGGAUUCAGAUUGUUCUAUGAUUUUUCCUGGUCCAAACGAUGAUAUGUCUUCCAAAGGGGAAGUCUGUUCCUCAUCUCCAGCUGAAACAGACAGAUUUUACCCCACUGAUUCUGGUAAUGCAUUCAUUUGUGAUGGAAAAGUCUAUGGUAUAAUGAUGACUCAAGAACACGGAUUAGAUAAGAUAGCACAGAAAUCUCUACUCUUUUUUCCAUAUCUUGAUUUCAUUAAUGAUGCUACAACAUUACAUUUAUCUGCACCCUACAUAAUUUUAUUUUUAAUUAGCAGUCGACUACUUGCUUGAAGACAUCAUCAAAUAACCAUCCAAACUCANAUA